AUGAAGAGAGCAUUACGCCGCUAUACCAGAACCUUCCACUUCCACACCUUCAAUUUCCAUCCAUUUCCUCCAGUUUCUACCUUCACCACCACCCACCACCACCACCCCGCCGCAACAACAACAACAACAACAUCUUCAUUCAACACGCACUCAUCUACCACUGACUUCAACAAACACCUAACUUCCCUAACAAUCACCGACCAACACCUGACCGCCAUACACCUUUACAACCAAAUCGAAUUCAACAAAAUCAUCACCCCUUGUAUAAUCACUCUCACAAUCAUAAUAACCUCUUUCUCUCAUCUGGGUCAUGUCUCUUUAUCAUUCUCCCUUUUCGGUAAAAUUCUCAAACGUGGUUAUGUUCUAGAUACUGUAGCAUUAAAUGCACUUCUCAAAGGUUUAUGUUUCAAUGGUCAAGUUUUGAAGGCGUUAGAGUUUCAUGACGAGCUUGUUGAUAAAGGGUUUCAAUUGAAUGAUGUUAGUUACGGGAUUUUGAUUGAUGGCUUGUGUCGAGAAGGAAGAGUUAAUGCAGCUAUUCAUUUGUUGAGAUUGGUUGAGAAAAAUUGUUUUUUUGUCAAGGCUAAUGUUGUUAUGUAUAGUACUGUUAUUGAUUGUUUGUUUAGAAAUGGGUUUGUGAAUGAGGGUUUUGAUUUUUAUUGUAAUGAAAUGUUGGUUAAUGGUGUUUGUCCGAACGAGUUUACGUAUGGAUCAUUGAUACGUGGAUUGUGCGGUGUAGGGAGAGUGAGGGAAGGUUUUGGAUUGUUGGAUGAGAUGGUUAGGGAGGGUUUUUAUGUGAGUGUUUAUAAUUUUACGGUUUUGAUUGAUGGGUUGUGUAAAAAGGGGAUGUUAGUGGAAGCACGAGAGGUGUUUGAUGAAAUGGUUAAGAGAGGUUAUGAGGUGAAUGUUGUUACUUGUACUGCUUUGAUGGGUGGGUAUUGUUCGAAGGGGAAUGUGGAUGAGGCUAGGGAGUUGUUUGGUAAGGUUGUUAAUUGGGGUUUUGCGCUGGAUGUUUGGACUUGUAAUGUUUUGAUUCAUGGGUAUUGUAAGGUUAAGAGAUUGGAUGAUGCUAUGAAGGUUUACAAUGCAAUGCGUCAUGAGGGCUUGGUUCCGAAUGUUGUUACUUAUAAUACUCUGAUUGAUUCCUUUUGUAAAUCAGGUGGAGUUUCGCGGGCUUGGGAGAUUGUUAAGACAAUGCACGAUAGUGGUUUGACGCCUGAUACUGUUACUUAUUGUAUCUUGUUAGAUGCUUUGUGCAAAAGCCAAUGUCUUGACCAAGCAAUUUUGCUGUUUAAUCAACUGGUUGAAAGGGGAUUGGAACCUGAUGUUUGGACUUAUACUAUUUUGAUUAAUGGGUUUUGCAUGAAUCGAAGAAUGGAUCUGGGAGAAUAUCAUGUGCAUGGAAGCUUCUUAAUAAGAUGCAUGAUAAUGGUCCACCCCCGGAUAAUAUCACUUAUAGUAUCAUGUUAG